UCCUGCGGUUAUUUGAAUAUUAUAUACUACACCGGUAUUAACUUUUAAGGCCACAUAUUUUAUUUAUAGAGCCUGUAACAAUUUUUAUAGAUACUGUGUACGCUCAUGUUUCACAAACAGUUCAGUAAUUUUAGAAGUGUUGAUUAUUAUAUGUUUUAAAAUAUUAAUUAUCCUUUGCAACMAAAAUAUCAUUUUGACCGUUGUCGCCAUCACAAGUCAUCUAACAAUUUCAGACGUUUCAGUGUCGAAAAUUACUGUCCUACAAAACUCGUAAAUAACGUCGUUAUUUGAUGCGAUUGGUGCUAUCCAAGUCAAUAAUUGCUGUCGCUGAUAAGUUCCGAUUGUCGUCUGGAAAGUAUUUCAAAAUGAGUACUGUGAGUUUUACAGUAGGACCCAAAAAUUGUUCAAUGACGGGUGUGGAUGUGUCUAAAAUGUGUGCCGCGCACCAAGCCAUCGAUAAGCACGUUAAGGACGGCAUGAUACUGGGCAUCGGAAGCGGCUCAACAAUUGUGUACGGUGUUCAACGAUUGGCCUUAUUUCAAUUUAUAGCACAAAGAWCAAAAGACGAGAAUUUGUCUGUUGUUUGUGUACCAACGUCUUAUCAGGCACGUCAGCUGAUUAUCGAUUACAAACUUACAUUGGGAAACCUAGACUCACAUCCUAAAAUAGAUUGUACUAUUGAUGGAGCAGAUGAGAUUGAAAAUGGCACAUUGACGUGCUUAAAAGGUGGUGGAGGAUGUUUGACACAAGAAAAAAUUGUAGCAUCCUGUUCUGAAAAAUUGAUAAUUGUUGCGGAUAGAGCUAAAGCGGUGAACCAUUUGGGUCAAAAAUGGAAGAAAGGUAUACCUAUUGAGGUAAUACCUAUGGCAUGUAAAMCAAUUCAGCAAAAGAUUGAAGAAAAGUAUGGAGGUGAAGCCAUUUUGAGGAUGUCUGCUGAUAAAGCAGGACCUUUGGUUACAGACAAUGGUAACUUCUUAUUGGAUUGGGUUUUUCCUGAAACAAAAUAUUGUUGGUCAUCCGUUCAUAAUUACAUAAAACUAAUCCCAGGAGUGGUUGAAACUGGAUUAUUCAUUGAUAUGACAAAUGAAUGCUUUGUUGGCGACCCACAAGGCAAUGUACAAGUACUGAAGAAGACUGAACAGACUUUAGAGUUAUAGGUUAAAUCUAAUAUUUAUUUUUAAAUGACAUGAAUUAUUUGAAUUGGAUAGCUUUUUCUCUAAAAUCAAAGUAUUAUGAAUUUUUACCAACUUUUAAUUUUGUGUUGCUGAAGUCAAAUAGCAUUUUAGAAUUUUUAGC